AUGCUGCGAAACCUCGGAUUCCGAACUCUUAGGUCGUCACCCCAGGCUUUGAUGCCACUGAGAGCCACUCAGAGAUUCUACCAUGAUAAAGUGCUGGACCACUACAACAACCCGCGGAACGUCGGAAAACUAGACGCCAAGUCCCAGAAAGUCGGAACCGGUCUUGUGGGUGCUCCCGCCUGUGGCGACGUUAUGCGUUUGCAGAUCGAGGUCGACGACAAGGGCGUCAUUAGCGACGUCAAGUUCAAGACUUUUGGCUGCGGCUCCGCUAUCGCCUCGUCGUCAUAUAUGACCGAGCUGGUUCGUGGAAUGAGCCUGGAGGAGGCCGGCAAAAUCAAGAACACAACUAUUGCCAAGGAGCUUUCUCUGCCUCCCGUCAAGCUCCACUGCUCUAUGCUUGCUGAAGACGCCAUCAAGUCUGCCAUCAAGGACUACAGAUCCAAGAACCCUACGUUGGGCCCCGAUGCUGCUAAAGGUGCCGGUGCUGCUGCCACUGCCGCUUAA